AUGAGGAUAUCACCCCAUCAUAUCCGAAAUGUUCACUCGACAGUCAAAGACCAGAAACGAAAAGCACCCGCACCUGCUAACCGAGACUUUUCAACCAAUGCAAAGAAAAAGUCUGGGGCAGUUGCUCCUGUAACUAACAAGUCUUACCCAUCAUCGCUGCGCCUUAGUCAAGAUGACCUCUUCCAUCCAUUUUCGAAAUCGCCUGUUCCCGAGUUUCGUCAACGAGCUGCCUUUAUGCGACAGCACGCCUACUGCCCCCACCCCGACCACCAGCAAACGAAGCUCCCGACAAUUGCCCCGAAACCUGAGGAUGCAGAAGCUGCGAGUGGCACCCAACCGCCAGAGCAUGUGAACUUUGAGUGCCCGGACUGUGGUUUGCCGGUCUACUGCUGCGAGGAACAUUGGAUGGACGAUUACGAGAAACACCUCGAAGUCUGCGAUACCCUACGACAGAUUAAUGAAGAUGAUCAUGACUUGCGAUCCGGUCGGGUGUUUGAGGAAGGCAAUCUCCCCGAUCUUCAAAUGGAGCAUGCGGCUAUCAACAUGACAAACUGGGAUACCUUCAUGUAUACCAGAGAAUUUGACGCCGUCAACUCUGAUCGUCAAAUGAGACAGAUUACUCGUCUCCUGACAUACCCGGUUACCAUUGGCAGUGUUCUUCAUGAACUCAGCCCGUAUAGUAUCAAGGCUGGGGAGCGAAUGACUACGGAAGGCCUGAAGAGUUUUAGCGCAUUGAGAUAUAACCUGCAUCCUCCCAAGUCCGGUCGAGGAAUUGGCGUUGACGAGCUGAAGCCAGAGGCCCCUGCUGUGCGAGUAUUUAUCCUAGGAGCUCGUGCAGAGUCUUCUCUCCCACGACCUGCCUGGGUACAGCUGGCUCACAUGUUCCCCGACGCCCGACUUCAUCUCAUCUUUGUGGGGCCUGAAAGUAUGGCCAACCGGGAUGAUGAGUUCCCAUUGCCAGAGCGCACCCCCUCAAACCCCUUUGGGGCCGUGGUUGAGGACCGUGUCUGGUACAAGAUGAAGAUCAGCACAAUCGUGGAUUAUUACCACACAAUUCACCAGACUCAGCAUUUUGCACCAUACGAUCCUUACUUUGACUGCUUUGUGCUGUUCCAUCCCGGCCUGGGUCAUCCUGCUAGUAGCCACGAAUGGGAGGAGACUCUCCCUCUCUUGUUGGAGACCAAGGUUCCCAUUAUCAGCACAGGCUACACUCAAUUUGAUAUGGAGCGCGAUGUCGAAUGGGUGAACAAGAAGUCAAAGGGAGAGUUCGAUAUUCUAUUGCAGCCCGGUGAGAACACUUUCAGGAGUCUUAGAUGGGAUUUGAACGAUAUGGAUCCUCAGGAUGUCAGUUGUGGUAACUGGGGCGUGUGGGCGUUCCGUGGAAAGAGGUACGAGACAGCCACCAGGGAUGCUUAA